GAAUGGAAUAAACACUGGUUCGUGUUGCGGGGGGCGGCGCUCAUGUACUAUCGCGACCCGACGUCUGAGGACAAGGGCCUCCUCGACGGAGUCAUCGACCUGAGUGCCAUCAGCAGCAUCGCGGAGGUGCAGGUCGCCAGGAACUACGGCUUUCAGAUGAUGACCUGGGACGAGCGGCGGUACGUCCUCUCUGCGGUGACGGCGGGCAUCCGCGCCAACUGGAUGGCGGCUGUGCGACGGGCAGCGGGCCUGCCCUCCGCGCUGCCGACGCGGCUGCCCUCCACUCUGCCCUCCAGCCUGCCCGCCAGCCUGCCGUCCAGCCUGCCCUCCAGCCUGCCCUCGCAGGACAUCACUCUCACCCUCGGGGAGAAACUGGAGCGCGAGCUCGACAGUAGCCACCACCGCGCCGAGCGGGAGCGCGACCCGCACCCGCUGCCCCACGGCCCGGGGCGAUCGCACGCCAACAUCCUCUUCUCGUCGGAUGACGAGUACAGGACGGCGUCGUCCGAGAGCUGCGGAGGCUGCGGCACGCCUCCGGGCCCGCGGACGGCGGAGACGACCCGGGAGAGCACCAGCGACUGGGGGGAGACGGUCACCCUGUCGCUGCCGCCCUCCCCGCCCCUCAACAGGACGCCCAUCUCAAGAGUCAAGGAGCGCGCCAGGUCGCGCGUAUGCAAACGGUCAAGGUCUUCACCACCAUCCUCACGGAGAUCGACGCUUGACUCGGUGCGGACUGAGGACGUGGUGCUGGCGUGCUGCGGGGAGAUGCCAGAGUCGGACGUCGAGGACCGGCUGUCCGUGGACACUCCGCCAGAUCCGACACCGGCCACGUCGCGGCUGUCGUCGUUGACGUCCCUGUCCUCGCUGCAGGAGACGGCAGACCGGCAAAAGCGCGAGUUGGAAGACAUGAAGGCACAGCUGAAGCUCGAGGCCCUGCGGUUGCGGCAGCGGGAGGCGGAGAGCGGGGCGCUGGACCGCCAAGUCAAGGACCUCCUGGGAACGCUGGAGCGCACCGAGGAGCAGCUCAAGCAGCGCACCAGGGAGGCGGCCAAGGUGACCGAGCAGGCCUCGGAGCUGGACGCGCUCAAGGACCGGUACGCGGCGCUGCUGCGGGAGCACGAGGCCCUGCUGGAGGAGUGGCGCAGCGUGGACCGGAGCCAGGACUGGCGCGGCCUCUACCAGCAGGCGCAGGACCGCUACCGCCACGACCAGGACGUGUGGCAGCAGCGGCUCGCGCACUCGGAGGGCGACCUGCGCGCCACGGCGGAGCGCGGGGAGGCGCUCGCCCGUGAACUUGAGGCCGCCAAGGCCUCGGUGGACGAGCUGCGCCAGCGGCUGGCCACCGGCCUCGAGGAGAACGAGAGCCUCUACGCGCGCCUGCACGAGCUGGAGGGCCGGAACACGGCGCUCGCCCUGUCCGCCUCCAGGGAGCGCGGCCGCAGCAUGGACUCGCUGUCCGACCUCACCAACAUCGACCUGGACCUGUGCUUCGACGAGCUCGACAAGGAGCGCGUCGUCGAGGAGUUCGAGGAGCUGCGCGGCCGCUUCGAGAAGGCGGUGCUCGAGAUCCGCGCCAUGAAGCGCGAGCUGCGCGAGUCCCACGCGCUCCACGACGAGCUGGAGCUGUCGACGCUGGCGCUGCGGCAGGAGGUGCGGCGCCGCGAGGAGGCCGAGCGCGCGCAGGCCAACCUCAUGGCGGCGCGCGUCGAGGACCUCACCCUCAAGCUGACGGCGGCCGAGAAGCAGGUGCGGCUGCUCAAACAGAAGCUCACCAAGGCCGAGUCGCUCAAGGUGCGAGAGAAGCGGCGGUCGCUGUCGCUCAAGGGCCGCGAGUCGUUCCAGAUUUGCCGCGAGCUCGAGGACAAGCUCGCCGAGCUGGAGUGCAAGUUGGCAGCGCUGGAGGGCACCGCGCCCACCACGCCAUCGUCGCCGUCCUCGCCUUCGCCGACGCCCUCCCUGACUGGGUCCGUGGCGAGCUCGAGCAGGAGUGCGGGCAGGACGGAGCGA